CUAACCUGGAUUGACAGCCCUGACCAUACAGCACUCCAGGCUGUGAGAACUGCUACGGGGUGGUUAGCAUUCCAUCCUUGGGUCCAUGUGCCCACCCCAGGCCCAGGCAGAGGUGGGUUCCGCCAUGGCUGAGAAAGCUGAGCUGGUGCGUGCCUCCAGCCCAGGGCCUGCUCCUCUCCCUAAUCUGGCCUCACCUGGGCCCCUUCCUGCAGAGGUGGACCACCGAAACCCAUGCACCCCCUGGUUGCCUCCAGGUGUGCCAGUGAUAAACCUGGGUCAUACCAGACCCACAGGGGCAGCCAUGCCCACCACAGAGCUGAAUGCUCUUCGACCCUCCCUGCUGCAGCUAGCUGCCUUGGGAACGGCUCCGCCCACCCUGGCCCUGCAUUACCAUCCCCACCCUUUCCUCAACAGCGUCUACAUUGGGCCAGCAGGACCAUUCAGCAUCUUCCCUAACAGCCGUCUGAAGCGAAGACCAAGCCCUGGGCACCAACCCCAGAAGGUGGCUCGUCGAGUGUUCACCAACAGCCGAGAGCGCUGGAGGCAGCAGCACGUUAACGGCGCCUUUGCGGAGCUCAGGAAGCUGCUGCCCACCCACCCGCCAGACCGGAAGCUGAGCAAGAACGAGGUGCUGCGCCUGGCCAUGAAGUACAUUGGCUUCCUGGUGCGGCUGCUGCGAGACCAGGCGGCUGUGCUGGCCUCUGGCCCCAGCGCUCCCGGGCCCCGCAAGCCGCCGGUGCACCGGGGAGUGGAGGGCGGUGCGCGCUGCGGGGCCCGACACAGCGUGGAGGCUGCGCGCUCACGGCCCGUGCUUCCUGGGGACUGCGACGGCGACCCCAAUGGGUCGGUGCGAACCAUCAAGAUGGAGCAGACGGCCCUGAGUCCUGAGGUGCGGUGACCCAGGGCAGUGGCCCCUCACCUGCUGCGCAGUGAGCUCCCUGUAAAGGGGACUGAGGUCGCCCAGAUGAAACGCCCUGUAGCUCUGGAAGGGUGGCCGGCGUCUCAGGGGCCCCGCAGACUUCUAAGAAAAAUUCCCCACCGGCUACUUGAGGUGGCCUGGCCCGUGUCCUCUUCUCUGGGCCAAGGCCAGAGACUCAACAAAGCAAAGUGACUAUGGGAUCCUUAGGGGUGCUUGGAGAGGUAGGGAAGGGUCUGGAGGCCUUCCCGGCGGCGCCCCCUGCUGGAGGCGGGAAGCCCCCGGACAGUGUGUAGGAGGAGGACCCACCCCAGCGAGCCCAACUGGUUGCGCUUGAUCCAUGAUCCUGUUAAGCGCGUUAACGAAGACUCAGACACUCUUGCAUUUGUUUUUCUUUAUUUCUUUAUUUCACAUACACAUUAGCCAUUCAAUGGAGAAGCUGGAGAGAGUCAGGCAAAGAUGGUAUAACAGAAGCGCAGUGACGGGGUGGGGCG